UGUGAAUUGCACAAGGCACAGACGUAUACAAAACAUUUCGGGGUGUUGUAAGAAGGCCGCUGAGAAAAGAGAAAAAAAUUAUUACAAUUAUCAAUUUUUAGGAAAUUUCUAAUCAAUCUGAGUGCAAGUGAUGUUAUAAAAUGUUGCGUUUAAUUAAUGUUACUGCCUAAUAUUGUGCACGCAAGACUGAUACAAUUUUUCAACGCGUAAACGCGAUGAGCGAAAAAAACUUUGAAUUGAACGACGAAAAAAGAGUGAAAUAAUGGCGGCUGAGUAUUCAAAUGCAUAUAAGAUUAAUAGUCACAGUAAAUCGUCAACAAAAAGUCGAUUUUGGAACAGAUCGUUUCACAUUCUAUCAAGUGAAAAUAAAAUAAAUGCAAAUAUCGAUGAAAUGAAACACAAAUGGAGUCACUCACUACAAAUGAAUUUUGCAGGACUUUACAAUAAUAAAUCUAAUGGAAAUGAAAAUGAUGAAAAUAAUAAGAAAAUUAUUAUUAACAAUAAUAAUAGUGAAAAUAUUAUAUGUAGACUAGACCGGAAAGAGAAAUAUGCGGAGUUUAAUAUCGCAAAUAGGAGUAGAUGUAAUUGGAAAAGUUUUUUGGCCUCCAUAAUUAUAGUCCUGCUGCAUCUGACAACAUCGGUUGAAUGUCUUCAAGCUAGACAGGAAGCUUCCUCAAAUUGUGUAUUUCCUCAGCAAUGGGAAGGCUCGUGGUUUCAGUCAGGAGUUCCACAAACAAUAAAUAUUCAAGGGUCAAAGAUGAGCAAUCGUGGUGAUUGUAUAGCAAGUGAUGGUGAUAAGUUCCUCAUGCGAGACAAGCGAUGUCAUCGAUGUGUAGUCAUCUAUGAGAAACAUAAGAAUGUUUUACAAUAUAAAGAAAGUGAGUGUGAAGAAAUGGACCAUUUUAAUCCAUCAGCGUUAUCAAGCCGUAGCAUUAUUAAAAGUGAUCAAAUUAGGGGGGUUGCAUUAUCAUCCCAUUCCAACAUGAGCGGAAAGUUAUCGGCAUCGGAUCAAUUAUAUAGAUCCCAUGACGAUAGAAUUAUUAAAGAUGAUUGUAUGGGUUGUAGAGGACGUGAAACGUUGCAAAACUUAUGUGAUCAAAUACCAGGAGAUGCUCUUCUUUAUAGUAUGUUCAAAGUUGAUGCGGACCCCAUUAAAUGUCCUAUAAAAGGUUCAUAUUUAUUUACAUAUAAUCGUGGUCAUGGGGAAUGCAAAAGUCCUGUGUCGAAUGUUGAGAGCUGCACAGAGGAUAGUAGAAUGUUACUUAGUUUUCAAGCUUGUCCCGAUGUUCCAGGAACUGAGAGUACAGUUGAGGAAUUGACGUGUUUGGCAACAUGGAAAGACGGUAAUGCACGCUUUUUAGUUGGUCUCAUAUCACAUAAUCAUGCCACAUCAAACGAAGAACGAUAUCGAUGUUUCGUGUAUGAGAAAAUAAGCGGCAAACGCGACGAUUUGCCGAAAGAUGCUGAAUAUAAGUUAGCUCAAUCUGGUGAUGCAACGUGCAAUGGACUGGAAAGUGCUGAAGUUGGGUCACGUAUAAUGACACUAAGGAAAGCACCUCCUGUUGAGCGCUGUGAUUUUCCAUCAUGGAUCAGGCAUCAGAAGCAUUGGCAUACGCUUUCAGGAAGUGUUACUUACACAUUUCAUCAAAAUGAUGGAUCGAUGCACAUAGUUAAGCAGAAUGGAUAUUUAGAAACGAGAGUACUCUGCGAGCAAAUCAAUAAACAGACGCCGAAUGAAAUGAUGGCAGUUGUUGAAAAAACUACUGGAUGCAAGUCAAGAUUUGUGUGUGUAAUGUUUUAUCGUCGUAGUCCACAUGUAGCAGAACUACAGAUGGGUAUUCCGACGGACCGAUUAGAACAUGCUUGCGCAAUGAAUCAUUCUGAUACAUCACGAUUGCCAUUCAUUACACUUUUGGCAUCAAAUCCCGAUCCAGAAAUUUGUCCACUUGAUGGCUCUUAUACAAUACGAGGACUUAUAAGUCCACCAUAUAGCACUUCACGUCAUAAAAGAAACCAUAAUUCAAAGCUACACAACAAUCAUCAUCAUCUUCUUCAUGAUUUAUCAUCGUUAGACGGUAGCAGUAAUAUCUUUAGCAGCAGCAUCAGUAGAAUAGCAGCGAAUAACAAUUUUAAAGCACAUACGUCAUUGAGCUUUAGGAAUGAAGACGAUUCACUUAAAAGUUGGCAUUUAAAUGAUCGUAAUAAAUCAUUGCGACAACGACGUUCUCCCGUGCAACUGCAGCAGAAAAAUGAACAACAUCUACGUAAAAUAGAAUUGAAUGAAUCUGACAGUGAAAAUUCAAUUGAAAUUGCACCAAGAAAUGCAUUCAUUGAUGUGUCAGACGAUGGAAGUGAUGUGACUGACAUCAAUAACGAUGAAGUCAUUAAAUUGGUUCGCAAUAAGCGCAAUAAUAAUGAUAAUCUAGAUAAAAUAAGUAAUGGCUUAGAUAUAAUGUCAAAUGAUGGAAUGAAAGCCAAUAGCAAUGACCCAUCACGAAGUCGACGUGAUACAACAAUAAAUUGUGGUAGCAGUGUAAAUACAAAGUCGAGACAAUUGAACAUUGGAUGUUCCGUUGAAAAUAAAAUUGAUGUCUCACCACAAUGCAUUGGCAAUGAUGAUAUGGAAGAAGAGUAUACCUGUCAUGGUUCCUGGCGUGAAAAUCAAACAACUUUCAUUAUUGCACGACACACAAAAUAUGUUGUGUGCAUUAGCUUUAAGCAAUUAACGACUGAUACAGCUCAAUUAUAUAUUGGUGAUUCAUGCUUUCGCGAGAAUCAGAGCCCGGAAGUUUUGGCAGAGCGUCAAUAUUCUUUAGCAAAUCUAACCAAUGUUGGACAUCAAUGCGGGGACAUCAAUUCUUCCAUUAAACUUAAAUUUAAUUGGCAUAUAUUAAGCUUAGCAUUUAUACCAUGGUUAUCAAUGUACUUCAAAAUAAUCAGUUGAUUUGUUUCGUACUAUUAUCAUUAAAACAGCAAUUAUGAUGAAACGAGAGAAUGAGUUUUUUUUUUGGUAUAUGUAAAACCAAAGAGAAUAAUGUGCUAUAUGAAUGCUAGACAUACUGCAAAGAAAAUGAAAGAAAGAUUAUGUUGAUUCUUUUUUAUUAAAAGCAGAACAAUGAAAAAAUUUUGUAUAUAUGAAAUGACGACUAUUGAGUCAUUGACAAGUUAAUAAUGAAUACAAAAGUGAAGUAAAUUUGUUUAAACUGUUUUUUAUAUGUCAAAAAUGAAGAAAAGAAAUUACAUUUUAAGAGAUUAAAAAUAUGGAAAAGUGAUAUAUUUGAGGUAAUAUGAAAAUAAUAAAGAAUAUGUAGUUUAGAAAGAAACAUUUAAAAUGAAAGUGUGUAGUGGAUGAUAAAAGGAAACUAGAUAAUUAAAGAAAAAGUACUUAAGGACAUUAGGUGUAAAAAAAUUAUCGAUAUUUUCUUCAUGAAAUUACAUUUAAUGGAAAAUUGUGUCAUAAAGCAACAGGAACCACAAGAGUGAGCAGAAAAAUUUAUGUUUAGCAGAAAAAAAAAUUAAUUUUCAAAUGGAUGUCAAGGGAUGUACACAAAAUGAACACAUAAUUUCUUCUAUGUUUUGAUGUAAUUAAAAUUACUGCAAUUCAGUUGAUUUUAAUGUUAAUGUGUUGCCAUAUAAGAGUCAAAUGGAAGUUUGUUGCUUCUGUUUGUUACAAGGUCGAGAUACUUAGGUAAUAACGAAAGUAAUUUUAUUUGCUUAAAUAUCUACGUUUACUAUCCCUAAGUGACUCUAUAGAAUUUCGUUUUUUUUGUUCCGAGGUAAAAAUUGAUCGAUUAAAAUUAAAUAAAAAGAAAAUUACCUUUUUUUUAAGAAGUUUAAUCAUUUUAAUAGGAUUUUUAUUUCAUAUCCGUACUUAAGAUUUGGUUGUUAAUUGAAAAUCGUACUUAAAAAUUGGUGUAUCUAAAACAUCUAUCCCAAUAUCCUAGCAGUUUAUGCCCUUGGGGUGUCAAGUAAGAUCUUGAGCUAUUAUUAAAGUGUCAAAAAAUAAAUAUUUUUUUGCCCUUUAUCCUGUAAUUUUGUCAUUGAAAUGCUUCAUCUAAUCAAAAACACUUUUCACUAAUGACCUAAAAGUUGUUCUCUGUAUUUCAUUUAAUUUAAAGCAACUUCAUCUCUUUAUACUUAGAAAAAAGAUUGUAAACUUCAUAAAAAUUAUCCCUUACUUAUUUUUCAUGUAAGUAAAACUAUAAGAAAUUAAAACAAAAAAAGUUUAAUUUUUCUACUUCUUCUUAGCAAUAGACAACAAAUUAAAUCAUCGAAUCAUAAAGAGAUAAAAAUUGAUAUUGAAUUGUUAAAUAGAAAAUAAAUGCUUGAUGAAUAAAUGAAAAUUAUAAUAAUUAUUCAUGAUACGACGAAAUCGAAUUGGUGAUACUAGAAAAUAUUUUGCAAGUAUAUAAAUAAUGAUAAUUACACAGAUGAAACCGUAAGGCUUUCAUGAUAAAAGAAAAGAAAAAUGUAAAAAAAUGUAAUUAAAAUAAUUUUAUAUUCUGAUCAGAAUUUUAAAAUAUUUCUGAAGGGGCAAACCUCAAUUCAUUGUCGAUUGUGUAAUUAAAUUAAAAUUUUCAAUAAUUUUCUAUCGAAUUUAAUGUAAUUAUUGCAAAAGAUGAAAAGAGUUUUAAAGUUGAAAUUUGAAUUUUAAAGUAUUGAGGUGAUAACAACACCUACAAUUUUAAUUCGAAUUUCACUAUUGAAACUCUUUUUUAUUACACCAAAUCUGUUAAUUAGAGCAAAAGUUAAAAGAUGAUUCUCAUAAAGUGAAUAAAUUCAUACUAAGUUAUGAAUGAUCAGGAAAAAAUCACAACUUAAGUAUGAUUUUAUUUGAUUUCAUAAGAAUAAUAAAUUGUUAUUGUUAUCAUUAUAAGAAAAGUCAAUUCAAUGCCUAGUAAAAGAACUUUUUGAUAUAUUAAGCAAAAAAAAUUAAAUGGUUAUAAUCAUUUUAGAUAGCAAAAGUGAAAUAAAUUAAAGCUUAUUUUCAGAAAAUCGAAAGAUUCUGAUUGGAAUAUAAUCUUAAUUUUUAAUAAUUAAGGAUAAAGAAUAAACAAAUAAUUGUAAAAAUUUUGAGUAAGAAAAUAAACGGUUGUAAAAAAGUUAUUACUGAUUAUUAAAG